AUGGAUGUACGGCCCAACCAAACGAUAUACAUCAAUAAUCUCAAUGAGAAAAUUAAAAAGGAAGAGCUGAAGAAGUCUCUCUACGCCAUUUUCUCACAGUUUGGGCAGAUUCUGGAUAUUGUGGCGUUGAAAACAUUGAAAAUGCGUGGCCAGGCAUUUGUUAUUUUCAAGGAGAUUUCAAGCGCCUCAAAUGCGCUGAGGACAAUGCAAGGCUUUCCUUUUUACGACAAGCCAAUGCGUAUUGCUUAUGCGAAAACAGAUUCGGAUGUGGUGGCCAAGAUGAAGGGCACCUACAAGGAGAGACCAAAGAAAGUUAAACCACCCAAGCCAGCGGCGCCGGCUGAGGACAAAAAAGACAAAAAGAAGAAAACCACCAAUGCUGAGAAUUCCAAUCCCAAUGCCCAAAGUGAACAGCCUCCUAAUCAAAUUCUCUUCCUUACAAAUCUUCCAGAGGAGACCAAUGAAAUGAUGUUGUCUAUGUUGUUCAAUCAAUUCCCCGGUUUCAAAGAAGUUCGUUUGGUACCAAAUCGUCAUGACAUUGCCUUCGUGGAAUUUGCCACCGAACUACAAAGUAAUGCUGCCAAGGAAGCGUUGCAAGGCUUUAAGAUUACACCGUCACAUGCUAUGAAGAUUACAUUUGCUAAGAAAUAGUUUAAGG